AUGUCUGCGCCCGAGCCCCGGCAAGUCGCAGAUGAAAAGCUGCAGACUGCCUCCAGUUCGACUAGAUCGACCUCGGCAGAAGCCAAGACGGGCGGUUCCGAGCUGCCUCAACCGCGAAAAUGGUAUCGCAAGCUCAACCCGCUGCGACUGCAAAAGACUCCGCCCGUUCCGAGUGAGCGGUCGGUGUCGAGGGAAUAUCAGGCGUCGAUAUUGAGCAUUAUCUCGUUUCAAUGGAUGUCGCCGCUCAUGAAGGUGGGCUAUCUGCGCCCGCUCGAGCUGCAGGAUAUCUGGACAGUGAACCCGAACCGAGCCGUGGACUUAUUGUCCGAUCGGCUCGACGCGGCGCUUGCCCGGCGCACAGAGCGCGGAAGCAAGCGUCCGCUCUUGGGAGCGCUGUAUGAUACAUUCCGGUUCGAGUUCUUACUGGGCGGCGUCUGCCAGCUGUUCAGCUCGCUGCUGCUGGUCUUUGCGCCGUAUUUGACUCGUUACCUGAUCUCCUUCGCUACUGAAGCUUAUAUUGCUCAGCAUAGCAAUUCCCCGGCACCGUACCUCGGCCGCGGCAUGGGGUUCGUCGUGGGCAUUACCUGCAUGCAGGCACUACAGAGCUUAUGCACGAACCAGUUUCUCUACCGGGGUCAGAUGGUCGGCGGACAAAUCCGCGCGGUAUUGAUUUCCCAAAUUUUCAACAAGGCGAUGAAGCUGUCUGGUCGUGCAAAGGCAGGAGGGAAGCCAACUGCAGAGGAGAUUCAAGUGCUGGAGUCCACGAAAGAGAAGUUAAUGAAACCGGGUGAAAAGACCCAGGAGAGGCCCAAGGCUGCAGCAGACGCACGCGGAGUCGCAGGCGAUGGCCGUGGAUGGAAUAAUGGCCGUAUCAUUGCACUGAUGAGCAUCGAUGUGGACCGAAUUAACCUGGCUUGCGGCAUGUUCCAUUUGAUAUGGACGGCGCCGAUAUCCAUCAUUGUGACGCUGGUUCUGCUGCUGGUCAAUAUCGGGUACAGCUGUCUGUCGGGGUACGCAUUGCUGGUUAUUGGAAUCCCGCUCUUGACCUUCGCCGUGCGAUUCCUGGUCAAGUUGCGAAAAAACAUCAACAAGAUGACCGACCAGCGCGUAUCACUAACACAGGAGAUCUUACAGGCCGUGAGGUUUGUCAAAUUCUUCGGCUGGGAGAGCAGCUUUUUGAACCGCCUGAAAGAAAUCCGUCGAGGCGAGAUCCGAUCUAUUCAGACCCUGAUGGCUGUUCGAAAUGGCAUCCUGUGUGUGUCUAUUUCCAUUCCCACCUUCGCCUCAAUGCUGGCUUUUAUCACCUACUCCCUAUCGAGCCACAGUUUGAACCCGGCUCCGAUCUUUUCGUCCCUUGCAUUAUUCAACUCACUGCGCAUGCCGCUGAACAUGCUGCCACUAGUCAUUGGCCAAGUGACCGAUGCUUCGACUGCCCUGAGCCGAGUCCAAGAGUUUCUCCUCGCUGAAGAACAAAAGGAAGACAUUGAACGAGAUGAGAACAUGGCAAAUGCCAUUGAAAUGGAUAAGGCGUCAUUUACAUGGGAAAGGCUACCGGCAGAAAAGGAUGAAGACAAAGUCCAGAAAACGCUUGGCGGACGCCCGAGUCGUUCGGGGGUCUCAACCCCUAAAGAAAUCCCCGAUGCCGAGAACGAGGCUCCUGCGGAGCCAUUCAAAUUACAGGAUAUGACGAUUGAGGUUGGACGCAACGAGUUGCUGGCAGUUAUUGGGACCGUGGGAUGCGGCAAGAGUUCCUUGCUCUCUGCUCUCGCGGGCGACAUGCGAGUGAUAGACGGAUCUGUGCGACUGAGCACCAGCCGGUCCUUCUGCCCCCAGUACGCCUGGAUCCAGAACACUACUGUGCGCAAUAAUAUCUUGUUUGGGAAAGACUACGACGAGACCUGGUAUGACCAAGUGGUUGACGCAUGUGCCCUAACCCCAGAUCUCGAAAUUCUUCCGAAUGGAGACCAGACAGAGAUUGGAGAACGAGGCAUCACUGUCUCUGGUGGACAGAAGCAGCGUCUCAACAUUGCCCGCGCUAUCUAUUUCAAUGCAGAGCUCGUGCUCAUGGAUGAUCCCCUGUCGGCAGUUGAUGCACAUGUCGGGCGCCACAUUAUGGACAAGGCUAUCUGCGGUCUUCUCAAGGACCGGUGUCGGAUUCUGGCAACCCAUCAGCUGCAUGUGCUCAGUCGAUGCGAUCGCAUUGUGGUCAUGCAAGAGGGCCGCAUUCAUGCGGUCGACACAUUCGAGAACCUGAUGCGCGAGAACCAGCUCUUCAAGCGGCUGAUGUCCACUUCGCGACAAGAAGACUCGAACGAAAAGCCCAAAGACACCGAGGAAACAGUUCAAGAAAAGACCGAGGAAAAGCCCGCAAGUCCGAAGAUGGCCGCACCUGCAAAGCCAGCAGCCGCUUUGAUGCAACAGGAAGAGAAAGCCACCGCUUCCGUCGGCUGGAGCGUGUGGAAAGCGUACAUCCGAGCAUCCGGGAGCUAUCUCAACGCCAUCAUGUUGAUUAUUCUUGUGUGUCUCGCCAAUGUUGCCAACAUUUGGACCAGUCUGUGGCUUUCGUACUGGACCUCCAACAAAUACCCGCACCUGUCGAAUGGCCAGUAUAUCGGCAUCUAUGCCGGACUGGGCGGCAGCGUCGUGCUGUUGAUGUUUACUUUUUCGACCUAUAUGACAACCUGCGGCACCAAUGCCAGUAGAACCAUGCUCCAGCGUGCUAUGACCCGUGUCUUACGCGCUCCCAUCGCGUUCUUCGACACGACGCCGCUCGGGCGCAUUACUAACCGGUUCUCGAAGGAUGUGGGCGUGAUGGACAACGAGCUUUCGGACGCGAUGCGGAUCUAUGCGCUGACGAUGACGAUGAUCCUCUCCAUCAUGAUCUUGAUUAUUGUCUUCUUUCACUAUUUCGUCAUCGCACUCGUUCCGCUGACCAUCCUGUACCUCCUCGCCUCCAACUACUACCGAGCAUCUGCACGGGAGAUGAAGCGACACGAGGCCGUUUUGCGGUCUAUGGUGUAUGCACGGUUCGGAGAGGCCAUCACCGGCACUGCGUGCAUUCGUGCCUAUGGGGUAGAAAACCAGUUCCGGCGCAGCAUCCGCGACUCGAUCGAUGUGAUGAACGGCGCAUAUUUCCUAACCUUCUCCAACCAGCGCUGGCUAAGCAUUCGACUCGACGCCGUGGCCACAGCCCUGGUAUUCGUGACUGGCGUCUUGGUCGUCACGUCUCGGUUCGACGUCUCUCCCAGCAUUUCCGGGUUAGUUUUGUCAUACAUCCUUGCCAUCGCGCAGAUGUUGCAGUUCACAGUGCGGCAAUUAGCCGAGGUGGAAAACAAUAUGAACGCCACCGAGCGCGUCCAUUACUACGGAACCGAGCUGGAGGAAGAAGCGCCCCUGCACCAGACCCCCGUGGCCGCCAGUUGGCCCGAGAAGGGCCGGAUUACCUUCGACAACGCGCAGAUGCGGUAUCGGGACGGACUGCCGCUCGUCCUCAAGGGGUUGACCAUGGAUGUGCAGGGUGGCGAGCGCAUUGGUAUCGUGGGACGCACCGGCGCCGGCAAAUCGAGUAUUAUGUCUGCACUUUUCCGGCUAACGGAGUUGUCGACCGGCUCCAUCCAUAUCGACGGCGUCGACAUCUCCACUGUUGGUCUGUACGACCUGCGCUCCCGUCUGGCCAUCAUCCCACAGGAUCCCGCGCUGUUCAAGGGCACGAUCCGCUCGAACCUGGACCCGUUCAACGAGCACACCGAUCUCGAGCUGUGGUCCGCGCUGCGCAAGGCAUACCUAAUUGCACAAGACCCUGCGGAAAGCGAGAACACAGAGAACAUCUCAGAGCCUGGCACCGGCACCGGCACCACGACCCCAGCCACAGACAGCGACGCAAAGCCGCGCCCGACAGCAAGCCGUCUACACCUAGAAACGCCAGUCGACGAAGAAGGGCUCAACUUCUCACUGGGACAGCGCCAGCUAAUGGCACUGGCGCGCGCGCUGGUCCGCGACGCCCGGAUCAUCGUCUGCGACGAGGCGACAUCCUCCGUUGACUUUGAGACCGACCAGAAGAUCCAGCGCACUAUGGCCCAGGGCUUUCAUGGCAAGACGCUGUUGUGCAUUGCGCACCGGCUGCGCACCAUCAUCCACUAUGACCGCAUCUGUGUCAUGGACCAGGGCCAGAUUGCGGAAAUGGAUGCGCCGGUGGCGCUGUGGGAUCGGGCUGGUGGGAUCUUUCGGGCUAUGUGUGAUCGUAGUGGGAUUACGCGCGAGGAUAUCUUGGAGGUUGAUUGA